AUGCUCAACUUGUACCCGAGGCUCCGGGCGAGCUCCGUCGAGGGCUAUGACGAAAACGUCGAGACCGACGGCUACAACGCCUUCUACGGCAUCGCAGUCGCCUGUGUGUCCAUAUUCCUCUUCUGCGUGCUCGCCGCCUCCGUCAGUGUCUGGAAGGCGCUCGCCUUCGCCGCCCUCGCCGCCAUGCUGCUCAGCGUGGCCGGCUGCUUCGCGCCCAAGAGGUGGUUCCGUCGGAGCGGGCGGCCCGCGAGCGCAGAGCUGGUCGUUACGGUCACCGCGGCUGGCGCCGCGAGGCCAGGUUGCGCAUUCGCGCCAGAGAACGCUCCGCCGGCGUUCGUGUACGAGUGCCCACUGGAACGCGACCGCGGCGAGCCGGCGACCGCGAGCUGCGUGCUGUGCUCGGUGUGCCUGGAGGACGUGUGCGGCGGCGAGAUGGUGCGGCAGGUGCCGGCGUGCAAGCACAUCUUCCACGUGGAGUGCAUUGACAUGUGGCUGCACUCGCACCGGACGUGCCCGAUGUGCCGGUGCGUGAUCUCGCCACUGCCGAAGGUGACGCCGAAAGCUGCGACGGAGGAGGCGCCCGAGUCAUCGACUGAUGAGUUGCCGCCGGUGUAA